AUGGGCUUCCCGCGGAGAUUUGUGCAGUGGUGCGAAGGCCUUCAUGCGGGCUCAACGACGAGGCUGUUGCUCAACGGAUGGUUAGGAGAUCCGGUAGCGGUCAGGAAGGGGGUGCGGCAGGGAUGUCGUCUGGCGCCUUAUCUCUUCCUCUGCGCGGUGGAGCCUCUCUGCCAGGAAGCGAAAAGAAGGAAUCUCGGGAUUAGUAACCCGUACGGGGAGAGGCUUGCAUACCUGGGGUAUGCUGAUGACACCACGUUGGUGCUCAAGGGGAAAAGGCAGAUCGGACGAGCGGUGAAGCUGCUGGACGAGUUCGGGGAUCAAUCGGGGCUUCGUGUAAACAAUAACAAGUCCGCGCUGAUGCCCCUGGGGAGGAACCUGCGCAAGAAGCCACAAGAAAUCAGUUUUCAAAUGGGUGCUGCCCGGGGAAGCGGAAAGGGUCCUGGGGGCAGGGUCGCAGUGGUCAACGGGUACAUCAACCCGAUCCUCGCCUUCCAGGCGCAGGUCUAUCCCCCUCCAGUUGAGAUCUGGGCAAAGCUGGUGAAGCUGCUUCAUAAUUUCGUCACCGGUAAUCACUCGACGGCAGGAAAGCAGUUUGCGCUUUGGAGCCAGGAGCUGUUGUUCAAAGAGUGGGGAGAAGGUGGCCUCGGUGUCCGGGACCCGUGUGCUGAGCUGGGGGGCCUGGCGGCCAAGAGGGUCGCGCUGCUGGCGGCACAGCCGCUGGGGCUGCGUGCUGAUCUUGCGUUUGCAGCGCUGGAUGUCCCGGACCUUCAGGUCUUCUGGGCGCACACGGGGCUGAUAAAGCAGUGGGAAGGGAGGUGUACGAGGUGGAAGCGGACCUGCAAGCUGUUUUUGGAGUCUAGCUUCCCCUCGUGCAUCAGCGUGUCGUCGGUGUGGGACGUGGAACAGGAGCUGCUACUUUUUAAUCGGAAGCUGCUUCUAAACGGGAGGACACCUGCUGGACGGCAGAAGGCGGCUAAAGUUCUGAAGCAGUCAAACAUGAAGGAUCUAAUCAGGGUUGUCGUGGACGGCUCGAGAGCUCUUAAGGACACCCAGGAGCUCGAGCGGGAAUUCGGGGGUUCGGCAGGUGCGAAGCUGGCGAAGAGGGUUUUCGACGCUGCCCCGGAUGAGUGGAAGCAGUUGCUGCUGGCGCCUGUCACGGCGCAUACGGUGCUAGCUGCCUCCAAGUUCGUGUUGAAGGCAGGGACGAGCCACGGGGUCUGGAGAAUUGAAUGUGUGGAGGGGGAAACCCUAGUCUGCCGAGCUAUCGGUUGUGUUCGGGGGGUAUUGGGGGACGCGGAGGAGAAGCUGCGCAACUUCCAGCCGCGUGAGCCGGUGGUUCGGGCAUUACUGAAGGCGCUCCGCAUGCUGAAUCCGCAUCGGAAAAUCGAGUCGCUGGGGGACUUGGUUUUCAAGAAGGAGGGGACAGCUUCGGGCUUCCUCGAGGCUACGAUUACAGCGAUUGCGCUUCACCGAAUCUGGGUAGAGAGGUGUGACGCGGUCUUCGAACGUAGCAAGUUCCGAGCCAGGAGGGCACUGAGGAGGAUCGCGGCGUCUUUCCAGCUGCAUGUCAGAAUCUACAAGCGUGCUAAGGCGGCAUCUAAGAGGCUCGGCGCCACUCGUCCUGGUAUGGAUGAUGAAGAGUGCCGGGUCUUGAGCCACAUCCUCGACAACACAGCACAACCAGCCACGUGGUCUAAAGGGUUCAUGGCCAUCUGGUCCAACCCGGGGGCUGCUUUCCGUCCCCCUUAG